GAAGAAGAAACCAAUUCACUCUUUGGCGCCAUUACUACUUUCGAAGCAGAGCGUCUCCAUGGAAGAAGAAGAAAUAAUGGAGAUAGGCUCAGAUCCACAUAUAAUAGCAUUUCCAUUUCCAUCACAAGGCCACAUAAAUCCUCAGCUUCAAUUCGCAAAACGCUUAAUCUCACAUGGAAUCAAGCUAACAUUGCUCACAACCUUACAUGUUAGCCAACACUUGAAAUUACAGGGCGAUUAUUCAAAUUCCUUUAAGAUUGAAGUCAUUUCCGAUGGUUCUGAGAAUCGUCAAGAAACCGACACCAUGAAACAAACUCUGGAUCGAUUCCAGCACAAGAUGACCACAAACUUGCAAAAUUACUUACACAAGGCCAUGGAUUCUUCCAAUCCACCUCGAUUUAUUCUUUACGAUUCAACAAUGCCUUGGGUUCUGGAUGUCGCUAAGGAGUUCGGAAUCGCUAAGGCUCCGGUUUAUACUCAAUCUUGUGCCCUAAAUAGUAUAAAUUAUCAUGUUCUUCAUGGUCAAUUGAAGCUUCCUCCUGAAUCCUCAAUUAUUUCUCUGCCUUCUAUGCCUCCGCUUUCCGCUAAUGAUCUUCCUGCCUACGAUUACGAUCCUGCUUCCGCUGAUACCAUCAUCGAGUUUCUUACUAGUCAAUAUUCUAAUAUUGAAGAUGCGGAUCUGCUCUUUUGCAACACUUUUGACAAAUUGGAAGGGGAGAUUAUCAAAUGGAUGGAGAGCUGGGGACGGCCAGUGAAAGCCAUAGGACCAACAAUUCCAUCAGCCUACUUAGACAAAAGAAUAGAGAACGACAAAUACUAUGGACUUAGCCUAUUCGAUCCCAACCAAGAUGACCAUCUCAUCAAAUGGCUACAAACCAAGCCCCCAUCUUCAGUCCUCUAUGUUUCUUAUGGAAGCAUUGUCGAAAUAAGCGAAGAACAGCUCAAAAACUUAGCGUUUGGAAUCAAACAAUCUGACAAAUUCUUCCUGUGGGUCGUUAGAGAAACCGAAGCACGAAAACUUCCCCCAAACUUUAUAGAAAGUGUUGGGGAGAAAGGGAUUGUGGUCAGCUGGUGCUCGCAGCUCGACGUCUUGGCUCACCCGGCGAUCGGUUGCUUCUUUACGCAUUGCGGUUGGAACUCGACAUUGGAGGCGCUGUGCUUGGGAGUCCCGGUUGUGGCAUUCCCGCAGUGGGCGGAUCAGGUGACUAAUGCGAAGUUUAUGGAAGACGUUUGGAAAGUUGGGAAGAGGGUUAAGGUGGAUGAGAAGAGGAUGGCUAGUGAAGAAGAGAUAAGGAAUUGUAUUUGUGAAGUGAUGGAAGAAGAGAGAGGUAGUGAGUUUAAGAAGAAUUCAUUGGAGUGGAAGCAAUGGGCUAAAGAAGCUAUGGAGGAAGGUGGGAGCUCUUAUAAUAAUAUUAUGGAGUUUGUGUCUAUGAUUAAACAAUCUUGAUCUUUGUUAUGAUCAUUUUUGGUGAGUAAGGUGGAGUAGGAAAGAAAAACACUUACAAGCUUACUUACUUUGAUGUUUUGGUUAGUUUUCAUAAAUUAAACUUAGAAUUUGUAAGAUUAAUUUUGAAGUUCGCUUUUUAGUCCAAUAAA